AUGUCUUCCGACGAGGAGGGCGUGCGUCGCCCCGGCCGCGCUGGCAAUGGCUCAGAAAGUCCCGCGCACAGCAAUGCCAAUGACUCUGGUGCCGGUGGUAACGCCAUGGAUGAAGAUGAUGAUGCUGAUCUCUUCGGCUCGGACGGGGAAGGUGGACUAGAUGAUAUCAACAAUGACCAUCGCAACCUAGACGAUGAGCAACUUGAUUCGGGUGACGAUGAGGGCCGCUAUGACCGACGCGAAGACCGAAUGGACGAGGCAGCCGACGAGGAGCAGAUCUUCAACGUUCAGGACCUAGACCUUGCGCGGGCUCCAGUGCCAGCAACCAAUGAUGGAGAGGUUUACUCAAUGCGCGUCCCUGAUUUCCUCUCAGUGGAAGCCGAAGAAUUCAACCCUGCCACCUAUGUCCCACCACCUUAUUCGCAAGCCGCUACAUCCCUGUGCUGGCGCAAAGACCCAGAGAACGAUUCUCUUCUGCAGUCAAAUGCCCGCAUGAUCCGAUGGGAAGACGGCUCCGUGACCCUCCAACUCGCCUCCGCCCCUCUCGAGCAAUACCGCAUCGCAUCCAAACCCCUUGCACCUCUCAACAAGGCUGGAAACUAUGACACAAAGCUGGACUCCCACGUUUAUCUCGCAGCUGGAUUGGAAGCAGCGCAAGUGUUCCGACUGACCUCGCACGUCACACAUGGUCUUACUAUCCUCCCAACAACCCUGGAGACGGACGACGCCGUUCAGCGACUGCAAGAAUCAUUGGCUGCUGCUGCUCGUGGUAGCAAGCAGACCGCGGAUGGCUCAGCACCUAUCGUUGAUACCAAGGAGGACCCUGAACUGGCUCAGAGACGGGCCGAGCUAAUGGAGAAAGAAGCUAUCAAGGCCGAGCGUCGUCGUCAACAACUUGCUGACCGCGAGGCUGACCGCGGUCGUCGCGCUGGUGCUCCUCGUUCCCACGGUACCGGCCUAAGUGUUGGUGCUCUUGAAGACGGUGGUCUGCUUACGACUCGCCCUCGUGCCAAGCCCCGUCGUCAAAACCGCCGUGGAGAGAUCUACAGCGAUGACGAAGAGGACUACUCCCGUGGCGCUCGUAACCGUGAAGACGAAUACGAUGAAGACGAUGGAUUCUUGGUUGGCAGCGAUGAAGACGUUGAAGAAGAAGCCAUUGAAGAUGAAGAAGAGGAGCUCGAGGAUGAGGAUAUGGAUGCUGAGGGGGAAGCUGAUGAUGAGGUUGCUCCCGCAAAGGCUGCCCGAAGCAAGCCCGCACCUGAACCUCAAGGGCGAUCUGAGACACCCCCGGCGGCCCGGAAGAAGAAUCGUUAUGUUGUUGAUGACGAGGACGACGAGUGA